AUGUUAACGAAAAAUGUAGGAAUCAUCGGGGUAGGUACAGCUGUAUACUAUGAGAUUGUUAAGUCGCAGCGAGGCAAGAAGCUGCUGCUAAUUGACGGUUUCACCUUCUCGAAAGCGAACCAGAACCACUGGGUGUGCUCGAGAAAGGUCGUCGGCUGCAAGGCCCGCCUCAAGUUGGACGACGAUGGAUACAUUGUCAGCCUGUACAACGAUCAUUGUCACCCGCCUAGGAAAUUCGCGAGAACGGAAACAGGAGAAGUGGUCCGUAUGCCCCGCAAAAAGUGUGUUUUCUACGGGUUGGAGAACAAGAAGCUCUAUAGCUUU